AUGGCCAAACUCUACCACCAGACUCAGAGUUUUGAUCUACUGGGUCAUAUGCAUACUGCGUACUUGCUUUCAAAUCAUACAGCCUGCAAGUUGAUGCGAGGCCAGACUCCUCCUGUCUUCUCUCAUCCCACCUCGUCUCUUCUUUUCAUGCAAUCGCCGAGCGGCCACCGUGCCCCAAUUCAUCCUUUGAGUUCAGGCACUUGUUCCGUUGUUUGGUCACAUUGGGUUGACUUGCCUGACCCCAAGGUCUUUGAAAGCAAAACAUCUUACUUCACGUCAAUCCGGGACCCCUUGAACCAAGAAGGCAGCACUUAUACACACGGCGUAUGGGUUCUCUGUGGUCUGCAGAGGGCAGACGUUCUCCUCUCCACUAAAAUGGUACCUCGGGCUGCGAGACAAAGACGGAAGACGUCGCACCACGAUGACUACACACCACCGGCACCCCAUCGGUCGCCUUUGAAGCGACAGAUCUCCCGCAUUUCUCGUCCACAGCUGCGACCUACGGAGUACCUACGGGCUUACGGAUAUCUGGAGAAUGCAACCCACUGUGGAAUACUGGACCUACGAGAAUCAUCGGAAUGGAGAUAUGCGAGUCCCAUUCUAUGCAUAAGCCGUCUCGGAGCAACAACACCGGCAGACCGGGUAAAACACCACACGCCUAAUCCGCAGCCCUUGGUAGGUGCUCAGAGAUUCUUGCAGUUCAGACGGGAUUAUGCGGAUGCUCACAAUAGCAUCAAAGCUUCAUCGACUGCUUGGCCCAUCUUGAGUACUGCUGGCCUGAGGAAAGCACACUCAGGCAACCUCAGCGCAGCUCUCCGGUUCAGUGAACCAAACCCGUCGAAGCCGAGAAAUGCCGGCACGACCAUGUUAACGAGAUACCUCGCUCACGCCGGGUAUGACAAGCUCCCUCCCCCGACCAAGAAACAGCGUAGCCCCCCCUUCCCCGAGCAGGAGCUAUUCCAGGCAUUACCAGCACCCAGAUCCCCACAAUCCAACCUAUCACAAAACCCGUCCGACUUGCACCAUCGUCAUCGGCCGACUUGCUUCACUACAAAAACAUAA